AUGACUACCGUCGCGCAGAAGAAAAAGCCCUACUUCGGGUUAACAGGGGGAUGGCUGACCUUCUGGAUUACGGUGGCAUGCGCAACCGAUAUGACCUUGUUCGGUUACGACCAAGGAGUCUUCAUCCACGAUCUGGUCGGGCCUACGAAGACAACGAUGCUAUCCACGGUGACGGCGAUAUAUGAUAUUGGCUGUUUCUUCGGAGCGCUUGUCGCAUUCACUAUUGGUGAGCAUCUGGGCCGGAAGAAAGCUAUCCUGCUGGGGACUACGAUCAUGGCAGUGGGAGGUAUUCUUCAGGCGAGUUCGUUCAGUCUGGCGCAGAUGUUCGUUGGCCGGAUCGUCUUAGGCCUUGGAAACGAUUACUGUUUAUCCACCAUGUCUAAGUUGAUCACUAUUUUUGGCGCCACCGGAAACCAGGGUGGUUCCGUCAUCGACGCCAUUCUCGCCGAUACCCAGCUCUCGAAGGAAUUCAAGAUCCGGGGUAUCACCCGCGACACCACCAAGAAAUCGGCACAGGACCUGGCCAAGCGCGGUGUCGAUGUUGUCUCGGCCGAUCUGGGCUCAGUCGACACUCUCACUGCGGCGUUGAAGGGAUCCCACACUGUGUUCCUCGUCACCAACUACUGGGAGACUAUGAACCCCGACAUUGAGUUCUCCCAGGGCAAGAAUGUGACCGAUGUCUCCAAGGCUAUUGGUGUUUCUCACCUGAUAUUCUCAUCUCUCCACCAUGUUACGGAGGAGACCAAGGGUCGCCUGAGCCAUGUGCCUCAUUUCGAUAGCAAAGCCAGUAUCGAGAAGUAUAUUCGUGCUUCGGGCGUUGGAUGCAGCUUUGUCCUUCCCGGUUACUACAUGAGCAACUUCACCCAGAUGCUCAGUCGUGCUGAGGAUGGGUCAUACCAGCUUUUCUACCCGGUGGGAAAGCAGGCUCAAUUCCCUCUCUUCGAUGCGGCCCAGGAUACAGGUCUCUUCGUGAGAGCUGCCAUAAAGCACGCUGGCCAGCUGAAGGACAAGCAGAUAUUGGCCGCUGCGAAGUACUACACCCCCGAGGAGAUCGUGGACACCUUCUCCAAGGUGACUGGCAAGAAGGCUGUCUUCGUCCAAGUCUCUUCCGAUCAAUACAAGGCCUCCCUUCCUGCUGCUAUCGCUGAUGAGUACCUUGAGAACCAGCUAUUUGUGGAGGAGCCUGGCUACUACCUCGGAGAACCCCUCGAGCCCAGCCUGAGCCUUCUCGAUAGUAAGCCUACUACGUGGGAGGAGUUUGUGAAGAAGAACGUUUCUGCUUGGAAACAGGUCACUUGA